UGCAUCAAAAUUCAACUUGUGGUACUGCUAAAAAUGUUGGAACUGCUGCAAAACCUAAUGGCAUAAUGCAUGAACCUGUACGUGCUGAUAAACCCAAUGCAUUCAGUAACAACAGCUCAUCUGUUCUCUCUUGCAUACAAACAGUAGUUGAUAUUCCUUCUCAAAGGUUGAGAAAAAUAAUAGAAGGGAGGAUUAUUAAGAAAGAACCUGUCUACGGUGGGAAUUCUCUAUUUGCCUUUGGUCCUCUCGGCAAUUACUUGGAGUCACGUUCGGCAAUGGGUGAUGCAUUUGUUUCGUCAUUUAGUAGUGUGGAGUCUAACACACAACCUCUUAAUGAACCUCUUCUGGAUGCUGACACUACUUCAUUUGGAUUUCUUGGGGAGAUGCCUCAAAAUUUUGGUUUCUCAGACUUGACUGCUGAUUUCACUAAUAGUUCUG